AUGGCAGCUUCUCAGGAAGACUUCCUCAGCCCCCAGGGCCACCCAGACCGCAGUGAACGGCAGGUGCACUCAGAAUCGAGCUUCCUCUGCUCCAUUCUGUGUCCAGGGAACCCGCUAGUGUACCUGGACGUGGGCGCCGACGGGCAGCCGCUCGGCCGCGUGGUGCUGGAGCUGAAGGCAGAUGUUGUCCCAAAGACCGCAGAGAACUUCAGAGCCCUGUGCACCGGGGAGAAGGGCUUCGGCUACAAGGGGUCCACCUUUCACAGAGUGAUUCCGUCCUUCAUGUGCCAGGCUGGCGACUUCACCAACCACAACGGCACAGGGGGGAAGUCCAUCUAUGGAAGCCGGUUUCCUGACGAGAACUUCAAACUGAAGCACGUGGGACCAGGUGUCCUGUCCAUGGCAAAUGCAGGCCCCAACACCAACGGCUCCCAGUUCUUCAUCUGCACCAUAAAGACAGACUGGCUGGAUGGCAAACAUGUUGUGUUUGGCCACGUCAAAGAAGGCAUGGAUGUUGUGAAGAAAAUAGAAUCUUUCGGCUCCAAGAGUGGGAAGACAUCCAAGAAGAUUGUCAUCACAGACUGCGGCCAGUUGAGCUAACCCACUGUGGCCAGGGCGCUAGGCCGGUGGCAGCUGCUGCACUUGAGCUGAUUCACUCAGACGGCUGCCUUGGGCUCCCAGCUCAGGGGCCCCUGGAAGUUGCCUGUGCUCACCCCACCGUCUCAGGAAUAUGGGACCUCACAGGACCCACCAGGCUUCUUCCUCAGUGCCUGCCCUACCCCGCCACCCGUUUCUAGACAUCUGUCGUGGACCCCAUCUCACCACACCUCAUCAGGCAUUGCCUGUGAUCACCCUGCCCAAAC